UUUCGCUGUGUUUCGUGGGAGGGUCGCGCACAGAUCUAGAAACUCGCUGCGUCAACUACAACUUCACAUCUGGCGGAAGAGAAAUAAAAACACGGAACGGAGCCGUCGUUGCGCACGUGCGCAGCGCACAUGAGACGUUUUAUUAUCGCAGAUAAAUAUUUUAUUGUUUUUUUUUUUCGGCAGAGACAAUGUCUUCGGGUCGAUAUUUGAGACAGUUUGUUGAUGAUCGAUUAACCGCAGCCGCUGAGGAAAUAUUCACAGUUGUGGAAGAAACUAUCGUCCAGUACGAGGAGGAGCUCGAGCGUCAGCGCAGAUUGUUGGAGACCAAAUGGAAACCCAAGAUAAAGUUAAGAACAGGUCAAUAUUUCAGACACUUUAUCUACAAUCGACUGAACGCUGCUGCUGAGGAAAUAUUCACAACCUUGGAGGAAACCGUCAUCCAGUACGAGGUGGAGAUCGAUGGGCAGCGCAGGCUGUUGGACACCGUCCUGAAACCAGAGAUAAAGUUGCACAGGGCAGACGUCCCACAACAAGACGAAUGUAUGGAGGAGGACGUUCUCGUUGACCGGCAGCUUUGUAACCAGGAGACGAACACCGGUCUGGACCUGAAUGAACCAGAGCCUCCACAGAUCAAAGAGGAACCCGAGGAACUCUGCACCAGUCCGGAGGGAGAGCACAACAAUUACACUUCUAGUUAUGAGGAAAGUGAACCAAAACCAAACAAUGAGAAGCGCUUUUCUCACAACUCUCCCGUAGCUGAAAGCCAUCGUCAGGAAGAAAGCAAACAGUCGGGAUCAAGUCUAAAUGCAAAGCCACGGAGUCAAGGAGACAACAACAGUAACAAUGAAGAAACAGCGUCCAUGUCAGAGAGUCUGUGUAAAGCUUACACAGUUAAACCCUCUUUGAAAUGUGACACGUGUGGAAAAAUGUUCAAGAGUCAGUACAAACUGACAAAACAUCAGAGGAUCCACACGGGGGAGAAGCCGUACCUUUGCAACACCUGCGGAAAACGAUUCACCGACUCCUCUGCGUUUAUAAAACACACGCGCAUCCACACAGGCGAGAAACCGUACUCCUGCAAAACGUGCGGCAAAAGCUUCGGUCGCAGGAGCACGUUAACGGACCACGUGAGGACUCACACCGGCGAGAAGCUGCAUUCCUGCGCGACGUGCGGGAAGAGUUUCAGUCGAAGCACCACCUUAACGGACCACAUCAGGACUCACACGGGCGAGAAGCCCUACUCCUGCAAGCUAUGCGGGAGGAGUUUCAGUCAGAGCAGUUUUCUGAAUUCCCACAUGAGGACGCACACCGGGGAGAAGCCGUACUACUGCGAAACCUGCGGGAAAAGCUUCCGCCGGUCCGGUCACUUAGCGGAUCACACGAGAAUCCACACGGGCGAGAAGCCGUAUCGUUGUCAAACGUGCGGGAAGCAUUUCAUCCACAGUAGCCAUUUGGAUUAUCACAUGAAAACGCACACGGGCCAGAGGCCGUAUUCCUGCGAAUCCUGCGGGAAAAGUUUCAUUCGGAAUUCCGCUCUGACCCUCCACAUGAGAACGCAUACGCGAGAGAAACCGUAUGUUUGCAAAACGUGUGGGAAAAGUUUCAGUCGCUCAGAUUCUUUAACCGAUCACAUGAGAACUCACACGGGUUCAUAGUUUUAGUCCUGAAACUAAAGAUUUUUUCGGUUUAUUGAUUCACGUCCUGUGUGUGAUUGGCCCGAGUAGAGGAGUUGAAUGUUUUUGGUGCAUCUUCAACAACUUCCCCCAACAAAUAUGAGGAGAAUGAAGAAUCAUUUUAUUUUAGUUUUGCUCUUUCGAUUUUCAUCAACAAAUAUAUGCAAACAAGAUUCUAAAGACUGAAAGUCU